UUUUAAUUCGCUCUUCGUGCAACGUGCAGCGCUCAACACUUUUGUUUAUCAUUUGUCUGUUUACGAUGGCAGCGGCCGCUUCGUUUGGUCUGUAUUUAGGAAAUACGUCCGCGUGUCUGGCAAUAUACAAAGAUGAUAACGUUGACGUCGUGGCUAACAACGCCGGCGAUAGAGUCACAGCGGCCGUCGUCGCGUUCAACGAUUCUGAAAAGAUUAUUGGAUUGGCAGCUAAAGCCGGUCUAUUCAGAAACGGUGCAGUUUCCGUUAUCCAUAACAAGCGGCUGAUGAACAAAGACAUUGAAUCUGCGGAGUUGGAAUUAGCACUGAAAAGUAGCCCUAGCAAAUUGGUUCAGGAUGCUAAAAAUCUUCACUACUCCAUCAAAAGAGGAGAAAAAAGUGAAAAAAUUACACCAGCUGAUAUUUCAACUAUGAUUUUUGAAACUAUGUACGAUAUUUCCAAUACUGCUGCUCAUGAUGAUGAAGAACACAACGUCGUACUUUGUACUCCGCUCAGAUUCAGCUCUGACAGCAUCAAAACCUGGAGUCGCUCUGCCGAAGCUGCUGGCUUCAAAGUUCUUCAAACCAUUGGAGAACCUACAGCUACUUGUCUCGCUUAUGGUAUUGGAAAGGAUAAGAAAAAAAUUGAAUUGGUUCUAGUCUACAGAAUAGGUGGAUUGACAAGCGAAGUAACAAUUAUUGAAGCGAUUGGUGGAGCUUACAGAGUUUUAGCGACAAAAUAUUAUCCUGAGUUGGGUGGAAAUAAGCUGACGCAACUGUUAACAAAAUAUUUGGGUAACGAGUUUAGCAACAAAUACAAAUUGGAUCCUACCGAGAGUAGGCGAUCGAUAUCGAAACUGAAUACUGAAGCAGAAAAAUGCAAGCACAUAUUAUCAACGAUGUCAUCGGCACAUUGUUUUGUGGAGUCGCUUUACGAUGGAGUUGAUUUUAGUUACAAUAUAAGUCGAGCACGUUUCGAAAAUUUGAUCGGUCCCUGCAUCUUAGAAUACAUUAAACCGAUAGAGGAUAUUUUGAAAGAAACUGGACACACCUCUGAAAACAUUGGAAAAAUAAUAUUGUCCGGCGGAACCAUGAAAAUUCCAAAAUUACAAGAAAAAAUUGGUUCGCUGUUUCCCAAUGGUGAGAUUUUAAACAGCAAAUGGAGCCCUGACGAAACUAUGGCCAUUGGCGCUGCUAUUCAAUCCUCCAUACUAUUGUCCCAUGGUAUUUUCGAUCGUGAACUUAAUUCGAGGAACGUCGAACUUCAUUGUCUCGACAAAACGAUUGCGGUACAAUUCGACGAUCUUGAACCCAUCCUCAUUCCUCAAGGCACCAUAGUACCCAUCAAAAUACCCACUACUCUUGAUGUUCCCAAAAAUGCUGACGGCAAAACCAAAGUCCAAAUUUUCGAGCGGCCCACCAACCAGGACGGAUCCUCUAAAAAAAUUGGAUUGAUUUCCCUAAACGCUAAUGGUGGAAAGCUGAAAGUCGAUACUGAUCUGACGGAGGCGAGUUUGAACAUUCAUAUAACGGAUAUAUCAGCUAACAAAAAAUCAUCAUUUCGUUUUGGUAUACACGAGGAUGACUCGUAAUAUUCAUACUGGAAAAUGUACAUAUUAAAACAGUUUCAUCAGUUCAAUAAAAACAAUCGAUAUCGAGUUUUAAAGUA